GAAGAGGAACUGGGUCCAACAGUUGCUGGCGCCAUGGGUGCUGGCCAGACCAAGGUGGUCGACGCAGACUCAGAGAAUCAGAAGCAAAUCGACGUCCAGGCGCUUUCCAUUGUUGAUGUCAUCGUCGUGCUCUUCGCCCUCUGCUUCCACGCCUUCUUCGAGGGCAUGGCUGUCGGCCUCGCGUCUACUGUUCAAAGAGUCUGGAGCAUGACUGCUCAGAUUAGCGUCAAUGAG